GUUGAGCUUCUCUGGUCUGGAAUAGCCUUCGGAACUCCCCGCCUCGUGAUUGCAAGGCUGAAGCCCUCGGCAGGGAGAGCAAGCGAAGCAGGCACCGUCGGGACACGGCGGAUCGGCGUCGCUUCGCCUUCCUGCCUGCUCCAGUCGAGCCGCUUACCACUUGCGCCGAAUUACCCUCUCCGUCCGCCCGCCGGCCAGCCAGCCGGCCGGCCCGUUCACUCUCUCGUGGCGAACCGCGAUGUUGUCGUUUCCUCCACCCUCGUCCUUCACCCUGCGGUUAACCGCAUCGAGCCGCGAAGACCGAAGCAAGCCCUGAUCGUGACUGCGAAAAUGUGGCAAAGCAUUGGUCUGACGCUGCUGGUCAUUGUGGCCACGCUGGUUUGCGUCCUGUUGUUCAUGCUUUGUGGUUGGUACGUGGUCUGGCAUCUCUUCUUGUCCAAGUUCAAGUUCUUACGUGAGCUGAUAGGAGACACAGGAUCCCAACAGGGGGAUAAUGAAGUCGCUGAACCUGAUGGGGAACAAGAUGUGCCACCCACUCCACAGAGGAGCAGGCAGAAAUCAAUACGGCAGCGUCGGACACCUGCUGAGGAAGCGACUUAGGAUGGAAUCAAAGGAUAAUCCUCACACGACUGGUGGGCAACACCUCUGUGGUCAAAUGGCUUGGUUCCACUGAUAUGCCAAAUGAGGAAAACCAGGCGACUUCUGAAAGGUUUGGGCCCCUUUUCCUGGGGAACAAAGUGGGACCAGGAAAAAGACCACUGGCAGAAGGAAAUGCUUCCUCCAUGUUCUGCUUGGAGUUUGCAGAGAAUUGUGCUGCGUUAUCUUUUCUUUGAAGAUUUGGCCUCGCUUUUGCUCCAGUGGAAACAUGAUCAGCUUUUCAGUGCUGAAGUGGUUACUGCCUUGACGAAACUGCAACCAACUGCAGACAUGUAUUGCUUGAGCCUUAUCUAUGGAUGCAGUAAUAUUCUAGGGAAAUGCUCUAUAAAGGUACCUCUCCUGCAGCCGAAAAUCACUGUUAGACUCUUGUGAAGGCUUUAACAACUGAAUCAAAGCAUAUUCGAGUACUUGACUUCAAGACACAACAGCUUCUAGAUGUUUAAAAAACCUAAACAUCUUGCCAGACUAGUGGGUUAAACAUCAAAUCCGGUUUUUCCUAACAGACUCGAGAAGAAGGAACAUUUGUUACAAACCCUUAUCCAGGGUCCUUUAACAGGAACUGGAUUUUUAUUUUGUUUUCUUAUUUGCAUUCUUUGCACCAAAAACCAGUUCAGCCCAGUUACAGUCUCACCAUAUUGCAGCAUGCAGUGUUGAGAUGUUGUCCGUGGGGUUCCUAGCUUAAACUCUAUGUUUAGCAAAUUCUUUUACUUUGUUUUCUGUCUCAAGCAAUACUGAAAGUAGCAUUGAACUAAGCUGAGAACCCGCUAAUGACUUCAGACUAGUGAUAAGUAAGGAUCGAGGACAACACCUUCCAGACAUUCAAGUGGCUGAUUUAUUUGUGGACUCCAGGAGGUAUCUUGUUGAAUUUCGCUGUGAUGUCUUUGUUUGACUCCCUGCCUUGCACUUUUGUUUGGCACGGACUACAAAAAACUGUUAUAACUCUUCAUAGCAGUGCAAAGCAAGCUGUCCAGAUGACUACAUCUAUAGAUUAGCCAUUUUGGACUGCAACUUAUUAGAAUAAGCUUUAGAGUCUUCUGUAUGGCUGAAGAGCCUUUUGUUUGGUUUUUGUUCUUUUUCUCUCUGGAAACUUUUAGAAAGAAAAAAGCUGAAUGGCUUCUGUGGAUUUGAAGAUACAGUAUUUACAAACUCAUAAAUGGCUUAUAUUCUGCCUUUUCUGAUGUUUGGGCAUUCAGAUUCACAUGGUAUUUGCUUGAAAGCUGCUUUUUGUUUUUAAUUAAUGGAGCAUGUAGUGAACAUGGCAUGUAAGGUCUGUUUUCUGUGUUACACAACAACAUACCUGGGGUUGCACACUUAAAAACUAAUUUGUACAGUGGCUCUUAGUCCCUAAAUCCGAAGACGCCAUGAAUGGAAAGCCUUCUGGAUUUAUAAGAUACCUACUGCAGGGUUCUUGUAGGUGGAUGUGCUAGAGGGAAAUACUUGAAAGUAAAUAAUACAAAUUGUUUUCAGAUUAUUUGGCUUCAUUUCUCCCCCACAUAGCACACAUACAUAAAUGUUUGCCUUAUAGAAUUUAUGUAAUAAUUGUCUACUUGAUAAUGUCAGGGAUAUUUUUAAUACAAUAUAAUGCAACGCUUUUUUGAGUGCCAUUUGUGUUCAUGAAAACCAGUGAUGUUUCACUGGACAUUUCAGCUGCCCCUGCUGAUUUUUGAAAUCCUAAUCCAAUUUCUGACUUAUGAUUUUUCUUAAUAGGUUUCCUGGUAUGGUCUUAAUUACAGAAGGCACAAAAUAUAUUCUGCUAAAGAAACAGAGGGGCUUCAUGCAACCUGCUGCAGCUGGGUGAAAUGUCCAUAUCAAAUAAUCUGUGCUAUUGGAAAACUACUAGUUGUUUAGUUGUCUCGAAGAUCUAGUUUCAAAAUCUUUUUGUGGGAGUGAGAAAGCCGAAAUCUUAGCACUGCAGGGAGGUAACAUUUAAAGCAAAGAAGCUCAGGUUUGCAUUAAAGAAUAUUUUGUAACCUGCCCACAGAGCCAUUUCAGCUAAGAAAUUUAAGGCAGGCAGGCAGGCUUAGGGGAAACCUAAAUAGAACUCUUUAAGGGGGGAGGUUUUCUGAAUGUACCAUUCAGCAAGGUGGAUAGAGGGCCAAAUUGUUUUCCUUCCUUUGUGCAAUUAACUGGUCCUUGAGAAGGGAAGCCAGAAAGUCGCUUCUUCCUGACAUUGCUUAAAAAAACCCCCAGCCAAUGUGGUCCCAUGAGUAUGUUGUCAUUUUGGUACCAAGAACGCUACAUCUGCAAACAGCAUAGCACACUUACAGGUAUGUUUUCAUGCUGUAUGCUUGGUCUAGCAACAAAUUGCUUCUGUAUUAUAAAGUCAGUCAGGGAGCAAUCCUAUGGCUGCUAGACAUCGAGGGACAAGGGGUUACGAGGGAUUCCCCUCUCUAAGGCUGGAGAAAGUGCUCUGAGAUCGGAGUUUUGGAGAAUUAGAGAUCUGACCUCCGCCCCUUCACAGCCAGCUUGGAAAAGUCCAUGUUGGAUGCCUUCUAACACUGGAAAAUAACCCAGGAGAGGGGAAGAGGGAGGACUUUAGUGUGCAGGGAAGGGAGGAGACCUGGGAGGCCAGGAUAUGAGCUGCCCUGACCCAGUUCUAGCCUGCCUCCCUCCCACUCCAAAGUAUUACUGUUAGAUGGGCUAAAAAGCUCAUUUAGCAAAAUAUUCAGGGUGGAAGGAUGUGGGGGCAAAGAUCCCUCGGCCAUUUCUGCCAUCCUUCAUUGGAUUUUCAGAAGUCCCCAAGUCCAUAGGUUUCCAAUCAUUAAAGGGGUGGCUGAUAGAACUGCACCCACCCUCAGUUACCAGUGGAAAACUCUUGUCCCACUUACAUGUCUCCCAGUCCUCCUUCAACAUUAUGAACAGUUUGCAAGAGAGUAUGCGAGCCACGCCACCUAUCAAUUUUAUAGAUUUAUCCUGCAAUAAAAAAUCAGAACUGAACUUUUGGCUGGAGCUAUGGAAAAAGCAGAGAGAAGCUCCUCAGGGCUUUCUCUGCACUGGUUCUGGGGUGCUGGUCCUUGGGCCAAAGGCUUUCUUUCUUGACAAAAGAAUUCGGGGGGGGGGCAUGCACAGAGUACCCUUGUCGUCCUAUUGUAUCAUGCCUUGAGAAGGCUAAGCUUUAAAUGGAUAGCUGUUUUCUCACUGAUUCUUGUUUCCUCUGUCCCAUAAAUAGCCCAUGACAGAAGAGAACAGUUUGCAAGGAUGGUGAAUUGAAGUAGAGGAACUGGUGUGAGCUAUUUAGCUUCUGAAAUACUAAGAUAACAUCUUGGUACCAAACUAAAAUAGUGGCAGUUUGAUCCAGAUGCAAGGAAUUCCUCUUUAAUACAAUCUUGCAUUUAGUAAAACUCUCACCCCUCCUAUGUCUAAUUCUCAAAAAAAGUAGUUGCUUAUGUACUUCUACAAAUGUGUCACAGUUUACCUUGAAAAGCAGAACUGACCAAAUAACGGGUCCAAAGGAUGAUGGUGGUGAGAUGCAGCUAUUUUUUUUUUUUUUUUGCUGAAAGACUACUUGGGGUUGGACCAAUCAUGUAAUGUAUGCAGUGAGGGCAGCUCAUAGUUGCAAGGUUGGUUAAGACAGACUGUUGUACAGUUUGGUUAAAAGGUGGUUGUUGGUCUGAUGUUCCAAGGAGAAAUGUUUAUCUUUGAACAAGUUAUACCUCCAAGUUGUAGUAUGCAGCACCACCCCCUGCCCCACUGUGUUCAGUGAUGCUCUUAGGUAAGAGUGGAUAGGAUCGCAGCCCUGGGCUAAGACAAAGUAUCUUAAUGCAAAAUGUUUUUAUGCAGGAACCGGAUGGAAUCUGUGUGUAGAUUGCCACUUGCAACGGUGGUGCCAGGUGUUUGACCGAAUGUAUGGUGUGAAAGAAGUUUGUGCAGACAAUGCCUGUCUUGGUCAAGUGCAGGUUGCAUGUUUUCUGUUUUGCAAGUUGGAGUUUUGCCAUUCUAGGGAUUGCUUUUAGCCACAGGCUAUUCCAUUUGGAACCUUUCUGAAACAAAUGACCAUGUCUCUGAAAUGCUUUAGUAGUUGCUAAGCACUUCAAACUUUAAAAUAUGGGUAGAUAGGACGCAGACUUAGAUGAAAUGAAAUCAAUAAAAUUGAAUGUUUUCAGUGGGCCUGCUCAAAGUAUGACUAAGAGUGCAAUCCUGCACAUGUAUAGAGGGAGAAAAAGACCUACAGCUCCUAGCAAGUCUGCACUGGGAGUUGUAGCACUUUUUUCUGACUAAUUGUGCCCUAAAAUCUCUUUUCUGUCUAUGGUAAAAUCCGAAUCCAUCCUAUAGAAAAAGUCGAGUUCUUUGUUUUUGCAUUUGUUUUCCCUUGUGGCAUUGCAAUCAUUUUAGUGAAUGUGGGCUUGCAUAGAUUUACCUGCUAGCUGUUUGGAAAAACAAAGCGAGCCAUGCAGUUGCCCACUGAAUAUGAAGUGAGAGAGAAAAGCUGCUGCGUAUACAAGAACAAGCACAUAAUCCAGUCAACUACAUUUAAAACUGGGAGAAAGAUUGGGAUGGUGUAUUCUUGUAGAUUUCUUUUUCUGUGAAGAUCACGUUUUAGAUCCAUUUGCUUGCACAUGCACUGAUAUUUCUGCUGCAGGUGACCCAGGGGAAGUUGUACCAGAGAACUACUGAGUGGCAUUUUCAAAUCAGUGACACAUUCUUGACCAUUCAUUCGCAGAGCACUGUCCUUGCAGGCACAUAUAUGAGGUGCAGCACACUACAUAAUGUGGGGUUUAAAGUGAGCUUAUUGUAUGCCUACAUGUGCUCAUAUAUUGGUCAUGUCUAGCCGUGUCCAUAACUGACAACUGCAUUGAAUGAAACUUCUGCUCUUCAUCUGUGUUCAGUGGUUUAAAGAAAUACUGUACCAAAUGCCUCUGUAACUUUGGUAUUCAUCAUGUUUACAAUUGUUUCUGUCCAUUCUCCACUCAAGCCAACACUAACAACUUGGCAAAUAAAAUGUAAAUAAUUCA